AUGGCCGACGUCGACGCCGCCUUGGCGUUUCUAGCUCCCGAUGAGACCGGCGCGGCGCUGCUCGCCAGGGUACUGACAGAUCCCAUGCUGACGGGGAUUCCCUUCGUGGACGCGCACGGCGCGCUGCGGCCCGGCCAACUGCUCGAGGUCUGCGGCGUCGGCGGCAGCGGCAAGACGGAGAUCCUCAUGCAAGCCGCGGUGCACGCGGUGAUGCCCCGGAAACGCGGCGGCGUGGCGUUCGGGGGAUGCGAGGCGUCCGUCCUGCUCAUCGAUCUCGACGGCAAGUUCGACACUCUGCGCCUCAUCAAGAUCCUGACGGCGAAGAUUCGCGACACCGUCGACGAAGCAUCCGCUCGCGCUUACUCGACAGCUGUGAAUGAACGUGAUGGCUCGAGUCAGCAUAAUCCGUUCCCCGGGUUUCACCCUUCGUCGUCGCAACGGGAACGGCGCCCCGCCGCUGACGCGCCUCGACGAUGGGAUCACCCGUACGGCCACGACGAGGGCCCGCCCCCGAAGUCCGACGCCGAUAGAUCCGCCCUACGGGACAGGGUGUACGUGGAGUGCAUGGGACGUUUUCAGACGCUCCGGUGCCACUGCUCGCUGGACUUUUUAAAGUCGCUCGCCGUGUGCGAGCGCGUGUUCGCCGAGCGGGAGCGCGCGGCGAGGGAAAACGAGUCGCUCACGCCCGAUCCAACCCCACCCGAUGACGUCUCCAUCCACGGAGGACGAGUCGGAGGAGCGUCUUCGGGAGUCCGUCCUCCCGGCGGCUGUCGCAGGCUGCUGCUCGUCGACAACGUCGCCGCGUUUUACUGGCUGGAUCGCGCGAGCCGAGCCGAGCAAGGCGCGCCGCUGAGCCUGCGCGCGGUGCACCACGCGUCCGCGGCGCGGCUGAUGGAGCUCAGCCGACGGUGCAGGGCGCCGAUCAUCGUGACCAAGGCGACGUCGUCGUCGGAGUCGUCGGGCGGCACAGCUAAACCGGGUCGAUUCGACGCGGGAUUCAACCGGGGCAUGCAACGCGGAGUCGUCCCGCCGGAUCGCGCGAGGGAGCACAGGGACUUCCUUCCGCAGCAGUGGACGAGCGCGGUGACGCAGCGGUUGGUGCUCGACGUCGAGCGAACGGACCCGGGAAGUUCGAUUCCCGGCGGCGGCGGCGGCGGCGGCGGGGGCGGGGGCGGCGGGGAUCGGCGGGGGCGGGUCGUCGCGAGCAGGUUCGAGGGCGCGGGGGGGUACGGCGUGGCGUUCGCCGCGCGGUGGGAGCUGCCGCGUGGGAGGCCCGGGGCGCGGUACGUCGUCGGCGAUCGCGGGAUACAGUGCCGAUAG